AUGGCAGCCUCAACUACUACCGACGGCAUAACGAUGGCCGAGCGGUUUCGGCAGUUCAAUACUACAUCGACGACGGUUGCUGACUUUGGCCAACGCAGUUAUAUGGCUAGCUGUGCCUUUAACUAUGGAUACGAUGUUGGAAAUUUUGGAGCCGUGCAAGGAAUGCAAGCCUUUGGAAAGAGAUUUGGGCAAUGCGAUGCAGACACUGGAGUGUGCGCCUUGCCUGCCUGGCUCUCAUCACUGAUGACAUCUCUACCAUUCUUUGGAAAAGCCAUAGGCGCAAUCGCAUGCGGUUCCAUCGCUGAGCGAUGGGGUCGAAAGGCUGCUGUUAUGGUUCUAGCGAUUCUAUCUUUCAUUGGUGUUUUACUACAGACAAGUGCAACAACCGCAGCUCAGUUUACAAUUGGACGAUUCAUCAGUUUUGGCAUGACGGGAAUGACCCUCAUUGUCGUCCCUAUCUACCAGGGUGAAACAUCCCCAAGAGCAAUCCGCGGCACGGUGACAUCUACGCUGCAGCUGAUGAUAAUUGGAGGACAGGUGGUCGCGUCGUUGGUCACACUAGGAACAAAAGGUAUUUCUAGUAAUGCCAGCUGGCAGAUCCCAGUAGGAUUGCAAUUUGUGGCGCCCAGUGUGAUUGUGGCUUUUUGGCCAUUUGUUCCCGAGUCACCUAGAUGGCUACUCUCUCGGAAUCGUGUAGAAGAUGCUAAAAAGGAACUACAAAGGUUGCACAAGGGCGAAAGCGAAUCCCGGAUUGACUUUGAGAUUGAAGCCCUUCGACAUGCUCAGUCAAUUGAGCGUAAAGGCUCAUGGGGUGAACUCUUUAACAAGGCGAACCGAGUCCGAACAAUGGUUGCUGUGAUUGCCAUGUUUGGCCAGCAAAUAACUGGUCAGGCCUUUGCCAGUCAGUAUUCAGUUAUUUUUUUCCAAGGAGAAGGGUUCAAAAGCCAAUCUUUUCUUUUCAAUGUUCUGACCAAUGUGGCCGCUUUUGUUUGCCUCAUUGGUGAAUGGCUUAUUAUCGACAAGGUUGGUCGCCGGACCAUGUUGAUGGUGGGUGGUUCUGGAAUGGCCAUCUUUAUGUUCGUGAUAGGUGGCGUUGGGGUGGUGGCUGAUCCUACGCAGCCUCAAAAAAAGGCGUUGGUAUGUAUUUACAUAGUAUUCCCGAAUUCUUGUUGGAUAGCUAACAGGAAAUAUCAGGUUGCAUCUUUCAUUCUCUACACAUGUGCUUACAAUUUGUCAUGGGCAGCCUGUUCCUACGUUGUCGUCAGCGAAGCAGCAUCGACACACAUAAAGGAGAAAACAAACCUUUUUGCUGGAGUUAUUUCCAUUCUCACCACAUUUCUUACCAGCUUCACCGUUCCGUAUCUUCUCAAAGCGCCUUACGCCAAUCUUGGAGCAAAAGUCGGCUUUAUUUACGGUUCAUUGUGUACAGUGAUGGUCGUGGUAGCCUACCUGUUUAUUCCAGAGCUGAAAGGUCGUAGCUUGGAAGAGGUUGAUCAACUAUUUGCUUCUGGACGUCCGCUGAGAGAAUAUAAAAAUGUACAAACGAGGCCUAUCGACGAGCCAGAGCAUGUACUCGAGGACAGUGGAAAAAAUGGAGAUGUGAGUACGAGUGUGUAUAUAAAAUGA